CACACAUCCUGCCCACUCUUUCAUUUCAUAGGUAAACCAGGAGCCAGAUGUAUAGGCUCUAGCCCCCUUUCCUUCAUUUUGCAUGUAAGACUCUUCACAAACCUCCUGGUUUCCCUAUGACGUAACUGCGGGUCCCCACCACACCGAUGAAGGAAGAUCGUGAUUCCCGCUCCAGAUCCGCACCAGAAAUUCAGUACAUUCGUUAACGUCUCUGUGUGUUUAUUACUGCCUAAAACGAAAGCCUACAGUUAAGUUGUCUUACCUGACGCGUCCAUCACUUGUGCUACGAGCAGACAAAAUGUGGAUUUAAAUUCUUGACGGAGGGCGAUAAAACAACGCGUGCUGACUUCAAUCCCGUGGAUAGUUAACAUGAUGCAUCCGCGAGUAUGGAGAGCCCUGUUUUUGAUGUCCGUAUUCUGCCAGCUUGGGUUGGCAGGCAAAUACGGCUGUUUGUUUGAGAAGAGGCUGUGCUCUAGGGAGCAGUUCUGCUCUGAUGACAAACUCUUUGGACAGUGCCGGAGCUCCAGACAUGACCAGGUUCAGUACCAGGUCUCUGUUCCUGUUCUUCAGAGACUGCAGGAAGUGCUCAAAGAGUUGAUGAUUCAGGGAUCUUCAGUGGGAAGGCCGCCACAGGCUGCAGCUAAGAAGGUCUAUUCUAGCUCUAAUUCUGAACCUGGUCCAGCUCAGAGCUACAUGGAUUACAUGGUCCUAGACCCCCACCAGUCCUCCUCGCUCCGGAUGCAAGCCCUACCAAUGGACCCAUAUUCAUACCUACAAGAGGACAUGACCCAUUCUCUCCAUCCUCACACCAGCAUGGGAUACCAACGACCCCCCUCUCGAGCAGGAGCCCAGCAAAGAGACAGAGACCGUCAGCUCUUGGAAGAUGCUGUCUCUCUCUACCUCUCCUCCACACAACCCUCUUUCCGCCACAGGGGGGCAGCAGCCCUCCCUGCCGCCCCAUACUAUGAAGAUCUAGAUUUCCCUUUGGAAUAUGGAGAGGACUACACCCUAAAGGAACAGGCCAGCUCAGUCCAGAGCAACAGCAAGAAAAUCCCUCAGGACUACAGCUCUCUUGCUGGACUUGAUGAUGAUACACUGGCACAGCUGGCCACACUGUUAAAGAGUUUUGGGGUGGACCCACGGGACCUGAGCCCUCAGCAGAUAAAAAGACUUACUUUAGUGUUACAGCUGCUACAAAAUAUGGAGAAUGCAGAUCAAUCCCCAGGGACAGUCACGGUAAAAGAGACAAUUGUAGAAGGCAGUGAUAAAGUGACAGAAAAAGGAGCGAAACCCCCCUUACCUGUUUCAGCUCUGCCAUCUACCCCAACAUACCAGCGGGCCCCUACUCAGCCCCCAUCCACACCAGCCCCUGCGACUGUGCCUAAGGAAGACAGUGGGGACACUGUGGGGCCCACCCUGUCAGUAAAAGACCUAGAUUUAAAAGAGAAAAUCACCAACAUCCUGGAAACCGCUAAGGAUGGGACAAACACCAGAGAGGAAUAUGGUUACAUUGUCACUAAUCAGAGUCCUUUAGGUCUUUAUGAUGGGGUGAAACUCUUAGAGACGCUGGCGGAGAGAAUCCAUCUCUCCACGAGCAGUUUCAUCAACAUUAGCGUGGUGGGCUCGGCCCUGACGUUCAGGAUCCGACAGAACUCUCUUAAUCUCAGCGCAGAGGAUGUGGCCAAUAAAGCCGUAGCUGAGAAGAAUUUCCUUGAGGGUGAGACAGGAUUGAAAAUCAUCCAGACUGGAGUGGGAGAGAGGAGCGAGGGGCGUGGCUUGCCCCAGGCCACACGGGUAGGAGAGGGUUCGCGUGGGGUCGUCCUGACAAUGGUCGCCAUGGCGUGUGUGGGCACGGUGUUGUUAGUUGCCCUGGCGAUUGCCUGUCUCCGGCACCACACCCGUCAGUUAGCCUCUGGCAAAUUGGGACUGGGACCAGAAGCCGGUGCGGAAACCCACUUUGAUUACCAGGAGCUGUGUCGCCAGCACAUGGCAGCCAAGUCAUCGUUCACCCGUCCGGAGCCAGGCGGUCGACGGGGGACCGACACAUCUCGAGUCAGCAGUGUGUCGUCUCAGUUCAGCGAUGGACCGCAGCACAGUCCCAGCUCUCACAGCAGCACACCGUCCUGGAGCGAAGAGCCUGCACAGUCCAACAUGGACAUCUCCACCGGACACAUGAUACUGGCAUAUAUGGAGGACCAUCUGAAGAAUAAGGACCGAUUACGGAAAGAGUGGGAGGCAUUGUGUUCGUACCAGGCUGAGUCGAGCUCUGUCUCUAUCGCCCAGUCUGAAAGCAACAUGGAGAAAAACCGCUAUCCCGACUUUGUGCCCUAUGACCAUUCGAGAGUGAAAAUAAAGGCAGAGGUCAACUCCUCAAAAGAGGACUACAUAAAUGCCAGCACUAUAAUUGAUCAUGAUCCACGUUUACCUGCUUAUAUUGCAACUCAAGGACCUUUACCGCACACUAUUGCUGAUUUCUGGCAGAUGGUAUGGGAGAACGGCUGUACUGUAAUAGUGAUGAUGACCGCUCUAGUGGAGGAUGGAGAGAAACAAUGUGAACGUUACUGGCCUGAUGAAGGAUCAUCUUUAUACAACAUCUAUGAGGUGAACCUGGUAUCUGAACACAUCUGGUGUAAAGACUUCUUGGUUCGUAGUUUCUACCUGAAGAACGUUCAGACUCAGGAGACCCGCACUCUGACCCAGUUUCACUUGCUGAGCUGGCCUGCACAAGGCAUUCCCUCCUCCACACGGCCCCUGCUGGACUUCCGCAGAAAAGUAAACAAGUGCUACAGAGGACGCUCAUGCCCAAUCAUUGUGCACUGCAGCGAUGGUACUGGCAGAACCGGCACCUACAUUCUUAUUGACAUGGUACUUAACCGCAUGGCGAAAGGCGUGAAGGAGAUUGACAUUGCCGCCACACUGGAGCAUAUUCGUGACCAGAGACCUAGUAUGGUACGCACUAAGGACCAGUUUGAGUUCGCCCUGACAGCUGUGGCAGAAGAAGUGAAUGCCAUUCUGAAAGCCCUUCCUCAGUGAGCCACAUCCCAACUGUGUUACUAUUACAUCUUUUUCACUUACACUUUACCCAUGCACCUCGCUCCUUUUCACAAGUCAGAAAUGAAUGUUGUCACUCUUUAAAAGACUGAAAGCUUUCCAUAUGCUGGAAACGCUUUGCAGGGGCCAAAUUCUUUAGAGUUUCAGGGAAAUUGUGGUUUUAAGAGCCAUUUGCAUUCCACACAAGCAUCAGAUUUAAAGUGUCCUAAUUUAUGAAAACUGACAGUAUAACAUUGUCUUUUUUUUUUUGUGAUAAAUAUACAUAUACAUAUAAUGUUUGAUGUUGAAAAAUGCAGGUUUU